CUUGAAAGCUUUAAAUUUACAAUCGAUGGGCCGUGCAGCCUAUGACUGCUUUGUAAACCCAGGUAGAUUAACUGAAUGGAGAAGUAAUAGGGGCUGGUAGUAUACUUGCCAUGAAAACAGUGCAUACCCAUUUCCUUUUGGAACACAGAAGGCUCAAAUCUGUUGACAGGGUGGCUAGAAGUCCAUCUUGAUGAAGUAAUCUCUUCAGCUCCUUCAUGAACAGGUUUCAACAAGCCAUCUGGUUCCUGUGAAUUCUGUAUUGAGUUUGUCGAGAUACUUCUGCUAAAGCCCUCAGUUAGAUCUUGAAGAGCUGGCUGGAUUGAACCAUGAUUGUGGGUACCUGUAUCACAUUUUAUUAUGAUAUUACUCUCAGAAUAGCCUCUUUGAUAUAUAAAUUCAGAUUUUUGGUCUUCAGAAUCUUGGAACUGUAAUUACUGGUAGAGGGAAACUUUCCAAAUUUACCAUUGUCUAUAAAUGAUGCCCAAAUUUUCCUACUCAAAAGUGUAUUAUCUGAGAUUUGGCUAUCUUAAAUUUUGACUCACUUUUUUCUUCUUGCAGCUGAGAAUCCUUUGUUUUUAUCAACUCGUUAGGGCUAAUGUUAUCAACUACAGACAUUUGGUCAAGGUCAUCAUGCAUUUCUGGUGCUUCAUUUUGCUCUCUCAUUUUAACACCCUUUCCAAAACUCAUCGAAGAUCAGAGUGAAUCUUGAUUAGGUGAACACUUUUCUUGAUCCUAUUCCAAUUGGGCUCCAAAACGCUCAUAUCUUUGCUUGGCUUGCCCCAUAUCUUUCUUGAUGCUCUUCAAAGCUUCUGUUAAAUACUGGGCUCCUUCUCUAGACUCUAUGUCAAAAACCAGUCUGAGCUUCCAAAUGCUCACAUCCUUCAAAGAUCCCAUUCUCAGAAUCUGAACUCACUAAAGCAUAUGAUGAUAACCCCAUAAGACACUAAUCCCCUUCCCAAAAACCCGACUAAUAACCAUAUCCUACCUUCAAUC